AUGUCUCGUCUUUUCAUUUUCUUAAACAUUAUCUUCGUUUUAAUCGCAAACACGACUUCUUUAACCGAACACAACCUAAAGCCAAAGCCAAAGCCUAAUACUUUUGUAAUUCCUGUCUUCAAGGACACCAGAAGUGGUCUCUACUAUACCAACGUGACGGUUGGCAAGCCACCAGUUGUUGCUAACCUAGUCGUAGACGUUAGAGGCUCAGCCUUAUGGUUUGAAUGCGAUACGGUGGGCUAUAACUCAACCACGUCAACCCCUGUCCCCUGCGGGUCCCCCGGCUGCGAACAAACUAAAGAUAAAUGCACCACUUGUCAAGCUUACCUCAAAUCCGAGUUAACCUUUAACACCCAGAUCGCUACACUUAUUAACGACGAUGUCAUGCUAAGGUACAUGUCUCCAUCAUCAGCUUACGUUGCACCCAAACUUCCAGUGAGGGCGCGUAUAGCUUGUAGAGGUUACUUCGAGGGCAUGAUGAAUAUGCUUCCGGCUGGUACUCUGGGCAUUCUCGGUCUCGGUAAUAGCUCCACAUCUUUCGUUAGUAGCCUCCUCUCUUCUUACAAGAUUCCCUUUAAAGUCUCUCUUUGUUUGCCUUCCAAACCUGGAAACAACCCCGGGUCCGUUUACAUCGGCGGCAGCCUGAAACGUAAAGACCUCACGGGGUUAUUGGUUUCCACUCCUCUUAUCUCGAACCGGGAAACAAAAGAGCACGGGGAGGACUACAACUAUUUCAUAGAUGUCAAAUCUAUCGAAGUCAACGGUAAGAGGCUCUCUUUCGACCAUGAUUUGUUGAAAAACAAGAGGGGUCAUUGGGGACGCACGAAGAUUUACACUCUCUUGGAGGCGUACAUUUACAAAGCUCUUGUCAGAGCCUUCUCGGAGAAAACCAAGAAGCGAAAAGCUGUGUAUCCUUUCACUGACUGCUUUAGCUAUAAAAGUUUUGGAGAAAAGUCUCUGUUGGGCAAGGAAACUCCGGUGAUUAGUUUGGUGUUGGGAGAAGGAGCAAAGUGGGAUAUAUACGGACCAAACUCGCUUGUAAAGGUAAACAAAAAUGUUGUGUGUCUAGCGUUUCAGGAAGCUGACGAGUUUGAGUCACUGUUUCCAAUCGAGAUCGGAGGGUAUCAAAUGGAAGAUAAUCUAGUUGAGUUUGAUCUUGAGGCUUCAAAGUUUUCUUUCACUUCUUCUCUUUUGCGUCACAACACAUCAUGUAGUCCACAAUAA